AUGAGUAGAGUAGUGUAUAAGAAUGAUUCAGAAUCUUGUGAUACAUGUGGCACUCUUAAAAAGGCUAAUGCGGAGAGAAAGGAGAAUGCCAAGAUUCCCGAACUUGAAAAGAAAUUUGCUGAUAUUAAAUCUGAAAAUUUGAAGCUGAAGCAGAUUAUUAAGAAGAAUGUAAAGCAUGAUGUUAGAGUCGAUGAAUUAGAGCAAAAGAAUAAAGAGCUUGAGGCUAGGCUUGCAGUAGUGGAACAGAGUUCUGUGGCAGUGGAUGGACAACUACAGAAUGACUCACGGAGUGAGGAUUCUAAUGCAUCUAAGGAAGUGAUACUAGAGAUAUUACCAGAGGUAUCUGCUGAUGAUGAUUCCAUAGUAGACCAGCUCAAGCAACAUGCGCCUGUUUGUAAAGCAAAUGAUAUGGUAUCAGAAGUGUUACCAGAGGAAACUGUGACAAAUUUGUCACAAUCAGACUAUGUAUAUACAAAUACCUCUGAAGUAUCAGAAUUGGAGCAGGAUGACGAAAUUGAUGUGGUUGACACAAAUCAAAUUAUAGAACAAGGUCUAAUUCAAGAAUUGAACCAGAAUUAA